GUUUUGGUUUGUUCAGUAUCCGUACCGAUUUGGUGAGGUGUACAUUAUUCAAAUUCAUAGUGUUUCGUUCGUUAUUUUCUUAAUAAAUUUUUAAACAAUGGCUCUUAUUGGUGAAAUUCCCAAAUUCGACAGCCGUUCAGAUGACUGGCUUGUUUUUACCGAACGUUUGGAACAAUUCUUUGAAAUCAACGACGUACCAGAAGAGAAGAAGAAGGCGAUUCUUAUAACCAGCGUUAGUGACGAUGUAUACAAAACAUUACGCGAUGUUUGCCAUCCAGUGUUACCAAAGAACAAAACAUUCGACGAACUUUGUGAAUUACUCAAUAAACAAUUUGUGGUAAAAACAUCAGUAUAUCGAGAACGUGUAACAUUCUAUAAUGCAAAACAAAUGAGAGACGAAAGCAUUGCGAAUUGGUUUGCUCGAAUUAAGAAGCUUUCGGUUGAUUGUAAAUUGGGCGAUCGAUUUGAUGAUAUUUUACUCGAUCGUUUUAUAAGCGGCUUGAGAUCAUCACCAAUUUUGGAUCGUCUGUGUGAAGAAGAUGAGGACAAACUAACGCUAACGAAUGCUGUUGAGAUUGCUAUUAACAAAGAGAGUGCCAUUAAGGAAACAUAUGAUACCACCGAUUAUGGAGAUGAUGAUGGACAGAAACGAGGACGCGGCGGACGUAAUCGACGUGGCAAAAACAAAGACUAGAAGAAGAUUGGGUGAAGUGGUCCAAAUUGUAAAAAAUACAAAAUUCAUAUAAAAUAGUGAGAAAUUCAAACGAUAUUUCCACUUCACCACAAUCAUCUUCACUUUACCGUAAUAAUUAAUAUUGAUGUAAUCAGGGGCAUAUAUUAUUACACCAUAUUGUGAUAUACGACACACACAUCUGUGUGCAUAGAAAAUAAGCAAAAAAUGAAUAAAGAAAAAAAAAUGAUCGCAAAAAACAA